UUCAGAAUAAAGCAUCCGCGACAGGUAAAUACAGAAGAAGUGCGUUGGCCUAUGUAUUUUAUGCUGUAGUUGUCGAAAUAUAGGCGUACAAUGGUUUCUAUGGCCAUGUUUUGUAUAAAUGUAUAUUUGCCUUUUCCUGCCUGGGUAUUUUUGUGGGCUAAGGUUGUAGGCCCUUGUGUUCAGAUUACACUUGUUGUGUGAAAAAGCCGUACCGGAAGCUCUGUGCUGGAGAGAGAGAGAGGAACACACCAGAUGAGAUAACGGUAAACAACUGACAGAUUUCAGAUAAUAGUACAUUUAAACAACUAUAGAUUAACGUUAGACAAUAACAGCAGAACAGUUGUAUGCCAGGCAAUGAAAACUAAAGUUACACUGAAAAGAAAAAGGAUCCUGGACUUGAGAACUCACCGGACUGAGAGUAGCCAUUAAAAUCUGUAGGCUAAAUAUGAAUCCUGUUGAUCGUGGUUCGUCCGUGGCUGGGCUUGUCUCUCUCGCCGAUUCUGCCUCACGUUAAGCGGCUGGAAAAAUGAGCGCCACCGGGCUCUCUGGAGCAGGGCUUUCCCAAAGACCUUGAUAUGAACUCUCUGAUGCUCCGCUGGCUCUGCCUGCUUAGCCUGAGCCUUUCUCUGUUGUUUUGGUUUGGAUAUGUGAUGAGACGGGUCGGUCCAGCCACUGCUGUGCAAAGCACCGGGCUCAGGGGCUACAUGAAGAUCACCCCCGGCAGGAUGGACCAGGUCCUGAACAUGCACUGCAGCCAGUGUGCCUUAGUCUCCAGCUCAGGUCAGAUGCUCAGAGCUGGCGUUGGAGAAGAGAUAGACAAGACCGAGUGCGUGAUCCGGAUGAACAAUGCACCCACGCUGGGGUAUGAGAAAGAUGUAGGGAACCGCACCAGUGUUCGGGUUGUGUCUCACACCAGUGUUCCCCUGUUGGUGAAAAACGAGCUCUACUAUUUCCAGCAGUCAGCCGAAACUACGUAUGUGUUCUGGGGUCCUGAGAGGAACAUGAGGCAAGAUGGGAAAGGACGCAUCUUCAAUACUCUGCUGAAAAUAGCAAGGAAGUACCCUAACGUCAGAAUCUACGCUGUGACUAGAGAGAAGAUCCAGUACUGUGACAAGGUUUUUCAGAAUGAAACUGGAAAAAACAGAAUGAAGACGGGGGCGUUUCUCAGUACUGGUUUCUUCACAAUGAUUUUGGCAAUAGACAUGUGUGACAGCAUUCAUGUUUAUGGAAUGAUCGAUGAUAACUACUGCAGCCGACCCAAUCACAAUGUUGUUCCUUACCAUUACUAUGAGGGGAACCGAAUUGAUGAGUGCAGGAUGUACAGGGUCCACGAGCACACGAAGCGUGGGGGCCAUCGCUUCAUCACUGAGAAGGCCAUCUAUGCCAGAUGGGCCACACAGCACAGGAUGGACUUUAAACACCCGUCUUGGAGCUUCUAAAGAAGGAAAUAUUAAACUGCUGUACAGCGGGAGUCACUUUUAUGACUGGCUGGCUUUUGAUCCUUUUGCUGAAGAUUUGAGUGUCACCUGACCAGGAAAUGUAUCAAGUGGAAACCAGCUUUCAUUUGACUUUUCUAUUUUCUUUUUUUUUUUACCAACUCAACAGUUUUCAAGUAGAAAAGGCUCCCAUUUGAUACCAGCCCACAGUGGAUGAAAUUAUCUACAACCAUAAAUGAUUAGCAAGAUGUUUAUGAAGAUUCUCAGUCAUCCAGGUCAUAGUUAUCCAACGAGGGUUAAAAUGAAGGGCAACUGGACUUGGUUGAAGAUACUGGAAGACGUUUCGUCCCUUAUCCAAAGGACUUCUU